UGUUAGAGUUCAGUCUGCACACAGCAGCUCUCAGUCUCUCUCUCUGUGUCAGGAUGGAAACGUUUGGCUAUAGAUUAUUGAUUUUUGUGUUUCUGCUGCCGAUCAACUGUUUACACUCAGUUUACAUCACAGACAGCUCAGAGUCUCUCCAUCAGGUCCUGUCAGAGUUCGGGGUCGUUCGUCCAAUCAGGACCAACUCAGAGGGGCGUUUCCUGUCAGCCUCAGUCUCCGCCCAUCACCCUCACCGCAGCAGAAGACACGCCCACAAUGUUGAGGACACGCUCACUGACUCAAACAAGGACAGACAGACUCUAACGGACUCGUCAGCGUCCAACCAGACAGGGCACAGCUGGAGGGGGCGGGGUUACAAACCUGUUGGGGCGGAGCUUUUCUACAACGUGACAGUGUUUGGUCAGGAGCUCCACCUGCGACUGCGUCCCAACUCCCGCCUCGUCGCCCCAGCCGCCACCAUGGAGUGGUGGGAGGAGUCAGGACGCAAACACUCCCAGCCAAUAGGAGACACUGGCUGCUUCUACACAGGGGAGGUGUCGGACAUGGAGGACACGUCUGUCGCCAUCAGCAACUGUGACGGGCUGGCCGGGAUGAUCCGGACGGGUCAGGAAGAGUUUUUCAUCGAGCCGUUGGAUCGACGGAGGACAGGAGGAGGAGGAGAGGAGGAAGAGGAGGAAGGAGGAAGACAACACAUCGUUUAUCGCUCCUCAGCCAUCAUUAAAAAACAACCAGCUGUCAAUCAAACUGCUGACGACUUCCUCCGAGGUCCUCUUUUAGGUUCUCUGAACUUGAACCAGAAUGUGUUGGGGUCAAGAUCCGACUCAGCUCGACGACGGCGCUACAUUGAAGAGGCUGAACUAUUUAACAUUGAGGUUUUGUUGGCUGUGGACUACUCAGUUCUUCUUUUCCACGGCCGAGACCAUAUCCAGAAAUAUCUUCUGACACUCAUGAACAUAGUCAAUGAGAUCUACCAGGAUCAUUCCCUGGGCGCCAACAUCAACAUUGUUCUGGUCAAAAUCAUCAUGUUGUCUCCAUCAAAGUCCCUUGAGAUGGUCUCUGUGGGGAAUGCCCAGAAAAGUUUGGAGAACGUAUGUGGAUGGUCGUAUCUCCAGCAGAGGGAGCAGAGUCACGCCGAGCAGCACGACCACACCAUCUACCUGACCAGGCAGGAGUUCGGCCCCUCCGGCAUGCAGGGUACUACUGCUAAUACUACCAUUAAUACUACAAGUACUGCAACUAUUAACACCAUCUAUCUGACCAGGCAUAAGCUAUGCCUCUCCGGCAUGCAGGGUUAUGCUCCAGUUACAGGGAUGUGUCACCUGCACCGGAGUUGUGUCCUCGUCUUUGAGGACGGUUUUUCCUCGGCCUUCGUAGCUGCACAUGAAACAGGACACGUGUUAGGGAUGGAACAUGACGGCGAGGCAAACGACUGUGCUGACGACGUGCCGUUGGGCAGUAUCAUGUCUCCGCGGGUUCAGGCCACUUUUUAUCGAUACCACUGGUCCAGGUGCAGCUGGAGGGAGCUGCACAAGUACCUGGAUACCUAUGACUGUCUCCGUGACGACCCGUUCCACCACGAUUGGCCGGCUCUGCCUCAGUUGCCAGGGUUUCAGUACUCCAUGGACCAGCAGUGUCGCUUUGACUUUGGACCAGAAUACAGCCUCUGCACCGCGUACCCGACCCAUGAUCCUUGUAAACAGCUGUGGUGCAGCAACUACAACAACCCGUUCUACUGUAAGACCAAGAAAGGCCCCCCGCUCGACGGGACAAAGUGUGGACCGGGGAAGCACUGUUUCAAGGGCUUCUGCAUGAAGUUGACCCCUGAUAUGCUGAGACAAGAUGGCGGCUGGGGUUCAUGGAGUCCGUACGGCAGCUGCUCCAGGACCUGCGGGGGCGGGGUCAGGUUCCGGGCCAGGCGCUGCGACAACCCAAUUCCAGCCAACGGGGGGCGCACCUGCUUCGGAAAUAGUUAUGAGUUCGAACUGUGCAGCCGAGAAGAGUGUCCCCCACUGACGGACUUCAGGGAGGAUCAGUGUAAAGUCUGGAAUCCAUUUUAUGAACAUGAAGGAAAGAAACAUCACUGGCUGCCGUACCAACACCCUGACCCUGACGAACGCUGUCGUCUGUACUGUCAGUCGAAGGAAACGGCGGCGGUGGUUUCCAUGAAGAGAAUGGUGCAUGAUGGGACGCCGUGUUCCUAUAGCGACGGCCACAGCGUCUGCGUCCGAGGAGAGUGUGAGCACGUAGGUUGUGACGGACAGAUUGCUUCAGACCAGCAGGAGGAUCGAUGUGGAGUCUGUGGAGGAGAUAACUCCAGCUGUAAGAUCAUCAAAGGAAACUUCACCCGCAGCACCAAGAAACAAGGUUACCUGAAGAUCCUGGAGAUCCCCAAAGGAGCCCGGCACCUGCUGAUCCAGGAGUUCAAAGGGACUCCUCAUGUCCUGGCCGUGAAGAACCAGGAAACGGGUCACCUCUUCCUCAACGAUGAAGAUGAGCUCCCAGAAUCCCGAGUGGUGAUCGAGAAGGGUGUGAUGUGGGAGUACAGCAACAGUGAGGAGCAGGAUUUCAUCCAGACCACGGGGCCUCUGAAAUACGAAGUCCUCCUCAUGGUUCGACCCUACAGCGAGUCCAAGGUGACGGUGUCCUAUAAGUACAUCAUCCAGGAUCGCCUCCGAUCCUCGCUGGAGUCCAACCGGGUGACGGAGGACGCCAUCUUCUACGAGUGGGCACUGAAGAAGUGGUCACUCUGUUCCAAACCCUGCGGAGGAGGGAAACAGUACACGAGGUUUGGCUGUCGGAGGAAGGCUGAUGGGAAAAUGGUUCACAGGAUGUUCUGCACCAACAUCAACAAACCGAGAGCUAUUAGCCGCAACUGCAACACCCACGCCUGCAGCUCACCACGCUGGGUGACCGGGGAGUGGCAGGACUGCAGCGCCUCCUGUGGUCAGACAGGAUGGCAGCGUCGCUGGGUGAGCUGCCAGCAGACGUCCAGCAGUGGGCAGCAGCAGCAGCGCUCGGUGAACAGCAAACUCUGCGGCGAGGACCGGCCCCCUGGGAAACAAACCUGCAACCGCUUCCCAUGCCCCGCCACCUGGAGAGCCGGGCCCUGGACUCCGUGUUCGGUAUCAUGUGGAAACGGGACUCAGGAGCGUCAGGUUGUGUGUUCGGGUCCUGAGGGUUCAGCCCGAAACUGCAGCAUGCCUCGACUGAUCACAACCCGCACCUGCAAAGCCCCAUCCUGUAGCGGCGACCAGAAGAACUCCAUCAUUCAGUGGCUGUCCAGGUCCAACUCAAACUUCACAGCGCCAAAGAGCUUCUCCAGGCAGCGUUGCCGUGGUGACCGCUCAGUGUUUUGCCAGAUGGAGGUGUUGAGUCGGUACUGCUCCAACGCUGGGUACCGUCAGAUGUGCUGCAAGUCCUGCAGCGAGGGAAACUUCAGCAACUCCGACAACUCGAGCAACUCCAGCGGCACGAAGCCGCCGAACGCCAGCAGCAGUUUGUGGAGUUUAACCACGGACGCGAUGACUUCGCCGUCCACUUCCUCCUGGUCUGACAGCCGCCACAACACCAGUGACAUCAUCAGCACUCCACCAACCAUCUUCACUGUAACUCCGCCCCCCACCCACAGGAGCAGAACUGACUUUGUGUACGUGGAGUACGACAAUUACGACGAGUAUUCGUCCUACGGUGACCCUUCUAUUCCCUCUGACACUCCGGAUAUCAUUCCAACCACUACUACUACUACUACUACUACUACUACUACUACAAGGCGUCCAAGAAAAACUGCUCCACCACAUUUAUUCAAGAGGAAAACUACCUCUCCCAUAAUGCUCCCUGCUACGGUUCCCACAGUAACUACUGAUGGUCCAACGCCGGCACCGGACAGGACGUCUGCCGUCCCAGAGUUCCCCACCGCCACAGCAUCAGCUGAUCCUGAUGACAUCAUCACCUCCACAUCACCACCAGAUGUAAUGUCAGGAAGGCGGAGCCUUCUGCCAGAAUCUGAACCUACGCCAACGUUGGCGUCAUUGUCCUCCUCCUUCUUCCCACUCUCUAAGAGGGAGAACAAUUCGGUCGACGAGGUCCCGUACCGGAUCGUGGGAUUGGACGGUGACGUCACCAGGGGACAGCAGAACCAAUUUGUGCCGCGAAUGCCGCCGUUCCGCGAGCGAACACAAAACAGACGCAUCCAGCAGCUUCUGAACGAGAAACGGCGUGAGGAUGUUCUGAGGCGAUCCACCCGGAGCGGAGCGGGCAGGACUGUCAGGAAACACGCCAGCUUAUAAAACAUUGUUCACUCGUGACGCCGCAUGUGCAGCUUGCUCACUUCCUGCUAACGCUAAUGAACUCUGAACGAGAAACCGAAGCAGACUGCAGAGCCGACCAGCAGGACGGACGACUGAUUCUCCACCAGCUGCUCUGGAUUUCCACUUUACAGUCAUGUUUGCCAUAAAGCAACGUCAGCGGUCCUGAAUCCACAGUAAAGUCCAGACUUGAUCCUGAAACUUAUAAGACCAGAAACGUUUGCUUCAUUCUUCUUCCGAAAACUUGUCUUCCAUUAGAGUUGUUCUGGUUUUCAGCUGUUGUUUUUCACAUUAAUGACGUUUGUACCGAAUAACCCUGUUUCUAAAUAAAGCAAAGACUCAUCCA